AUGGAUAAUGUUUUGGUGCAGACGGUACCUACUGGCGAAAUACUUCCGACCGCUAACCUUACGUGGAAUAAGUACGGUACAUCGUUUGUAGCACCUAAUUCGUCGGUUAUAUUACAUAUGAUCUCAAAUGCUAAUGGUGGCGAUGGAAAUGAUUUCGUUGUUGAUGAUAUAACAGUGGCUCCUUGUUUAACCCCAGUCUGUGGCGGUUACGUACUUAACUGGGGUCAACAAGCGGACUAA